GAAGGCAGCACGAGGAAGCGUCGCGCAUCAGGCCGAGAGGAGAACGCAGGUUCGAGUCUGCGGCUGAGAGACUUCAACAAAAGAAUCAUGGGACCAGAAGCUGCAGCAGGUGUUAAAACAGAGUCCUCAGAUGAAAGUACAGGUGAAGUCACCAUGAAGGUGAUCUCAGAAUCACAUUCCAGUGAUGCAUCAGCUGCUGAUGUGCCCGAGAACUCCGACCAACCGGUCAGCAAUAUUUCGGAUAAAGGUUAUCCUUGUCCCACCUGCGGAAAGACGUUUGACAGACUGUCGAAGUUAGAGAGACAUAAACCUAUACACAAAGAAACCUAAGACUUUACAUCAGUGUCAGAAUUGUAAUAAGAGCUUCAAAGAACGAGAGAAACUGGUCCAACACCAGAAGAUACACAAUCGGACCAACCUGCACCCAUGUCCAGACUGUGGGAAAGUAUUUAAUCGACCAUCGAGGUUAGAGAGGCACAGGCGCACACACUCAAAGAAACCCAGGGUGCCUCAUCAGUGUUCAUUUUGCAUGAAAACCUUCAGUAAACUAAACAAACUUGUGCGACAUGAGCGGGUGCACACCGGUGAGAAGCCGUUCACAUG